CCCGGCAAAGAUGGCGUGGCGAGCGCUGCGGCGGGUCGGGCCGGUCCUGGCGCCGCGUUGCCCGCGCUUCUCGCCGCCGCCGCCACUACCACCGCGGGUGCCCGCGGCCCGGAGGUUGGCCACCAGCUCGCUGGUGCUGUCCGCCCGCAAAUUCACAGACAAGCAUGAAUGGAUAUCCGUUGAAAAUGGCAUUGGAACAGUAGGAAUCAGCAAUUUUGCACAGGAAGCAUUAGGAGAUGUUGUUUACUGUAGUCUUCCAGAAAUUGGGACAAAAUUGAGUAAAGAUGAUGAGUUUGGAGCUUUGGAAAGUGUGAAAGCUGCUAGUGAACUCUACUCUCCUCUCUCAGGAGAAGUGACUGACAUUAAUGCUGCCCUUGCAGAUAAUCCAGGGCUUGUCAAUAAAUCUUGUUACCAAGAUGGUUGGCUUAUCAAGAUGACUGUGGAAAACCCUGCUGAACUUGAUGAACUGAUGAAUGAAGAUGCCUAUGAGAAAUACAUAAAAUCCAUUGAGGACUGAGCUGGAAUAAUGAAAUAAAUCCAUAUAAAAUA